AGUCAGACAAUAGUGACCACGGCGACCACAGUUUUCGCCAAUUAAGCCGUCAAAAUGCCUCCCAAUGGCUCGUCCUGUCUUGCCAGCGCAUUUAGGUCGCUUAGAAUAUCCCAUAUUCCGACUGCGCGACCAUCAAUAAAACCUAAUAUCUCGAUUGCAUCCGAAAAGAUUCAAUGCCGUCAAAAUGUCCGGUUUUUUUCCGCCACCGCAUCGAUGGCCGGUAGCUGGCUGGAGCCAGAUUUGAACCGCAAGGAUAAGAUGAUGAAGGGACGGGCAAGGGUGGCCACUGGCGGUUCGGUUAAAGGAACAACGGUUGUAUGGGGGGAUUACGGGUUACGGAUGACCGACCAUCAUCGAAGGAUUAGUGCAAAACAACUCAAAGUAGCGGAGGAUACUAUCAAGCAAAGAUUACGUGGUCAGAAGUAUCGACUCUAUAAGAGAGUAUGCUGCAAUAUCGGCGUGUUCGUCAGCGGCAAUGAGAUGCGAAUGGGUAAAGGAAAGGGUUCGUUUGAUCACUGGGCUGCAAGAGUAGCUGUAAACCAGAUCGUCCUAGAGCUGAGAGGAUUGAUUCACGAACAAGUCGUCCGGGACGCAUUCCGAUUAGCAGGUAAUAAACUACCUGGGCAGUGGGAAUUUGUGAAGAAGGGCGAGCCGGCUGUGGUUGGAAUUACCAAGCUGGAUGGAAUCACACUGGAAGAAUUAAAGAGACCGAGACGAAAGGUCCCCGCAGAAUCGCUAAGCCCAGUUCCUCCCCCAAGUUCGGAGACUCAACGAACACCGUUGGAUCUUCCUUGAUCUUGAGGUAUCGUACCCCAUGUAUAAAUAAGGUAUAUAAAAAAAAGUCCCGUCCGUAUCCAAUAUUGAUUGUGUAUACCGUGAGGGUCAGUUCCAUGUCUCAUAUGUCUA